AUGGAGUCCACCGAGAAGGCGGCGCUACCGCCGACGAACCUCGCCCUCCGGCUGGCGAUGGUUUCGACGGCCGCCGUGUCGCUCGCCGUCGUGCUCUCCAGCAACCAGAAAAAGCUGGUCUCCUCACCGCUGCUGUCCUCUCCCGCUGCCUACGAGGCCAAGUUUACAUACUCUUCCGCCAUAAUGUGAGCUCAGGGAAGACAUGGUUCUUCUUCUUCUUAUUCUUACUCCGGGAGAUUCCAUCAAGCUUCUUGAAGGAGCCCUCCUCCUCUGCAAACCCUAAUGGCCCUCAUGGCUCUUCCUAAUGCAGCUACUCUCUGGCCGCCACCGCUGCCGGUCUCCUACACGGCGUCCUCACGGCGGCGGUCGUCUUCUUCCGCCGAAAGGCGGCGCCCUCCCGGCUGCUGCUACAGCUAGCCUUUGCCGACGCGGUAACCAUCUUAAUUCAUUUAAAUAUAUUUAUUAAAUUAUAUUAUAUCAACAGAAAAUUAUGAGUGAAUACGUCGGAUUAUUAAUGAUACACGUGUUAUUUUAAAAUGUCCAGCUGGCGGCAGCCGUGAUGGGCUCUGCCACGGGGGCCUUGAGCGCCAUUGGAUACCUGGCUCUGAGGGGGAAUUCGCACGUGGGUUGGAGUCGCGUGUGCAACAUAUUCGACAAAUACUGUUGGCACGUGGGAAUCACGAUCGUCCUCUCUCUCGCUGCCACGUGGAUACUCCUCGCGCUCGUCCUCUCCUCCACCUACUCUCUCCACCGCCGCUGCCGUUGA